GGCGGCGGGAGCGCACCGGCCGGCCGGAGAGAGACGCGCCGCUCGGCGUUGACUGCGCAGAGUUCCACCCCUUUUUACAUCAAAGGAUCUUUCGCUCCCCGUUCCUUGAUGGCAGCCAUGAAGAAAAAGUGGAAUCUGGAACACAUCCGCUUUAUUUUUGCAUGCUUGCUUUGCCUCAUUUUCACAGAGGAAAGUAAAACAGAACAAGGAAAAUAUUCAGAAACCUACUGCAUGUUUCAAGAUAAGAAGUAUCGCGUAGGAGAAAGGUGGCACCCUUACCUGGAACCCUAUGGAAUUGUUCACUGUCUCAGCUGUCUUUGCUCAGAGACUGGGAACGUGCUGUGCAGCAAAAUCAAGUGUCCGAGCUUGCAUUGUCCCACCCCAGUGUAUGAGCCCCAUUCAUGCUGUCCAAGGUGCCCAGAUGAACCAGUUGCUUCCGUAGGCAGUAAAACCGUUGGCAAGGCCUGUGAGUACAACGGGACCACUUACCAGCAUGGGGAGAUGUUUGUCACAGAGGGACUUUUCCAAAGUAGACAAGCCGAUCAGUGCGAGCAGUGCAGCUGUUCGGAAGGAAAUGUAUAUUGUGCCUUGAAGACGUGUCCCAAAUUAACUUGCUCUUCUCCAGUGUCCAUGCUGGACUCUUGCUGUCAAGUUUGCAAAGGAGAUGAAGAGUUACUGAUGGACAUGGAUAGUGACCUCAUUCGUCAGCCAGCCAACCGAGAAGUUAGGCAUUCUCCUCCCUUCCAUUUCGAGUCCCCAUCCAGCAGUUCUAGGCUGGCCAGCAUUGUCCCACGAUCUCCUGGGGGCAGAAGUAACCCAGGAUCUCUGCUAGAUAUGCAACAAGCAUCCGGCACCAUUGUACAGAUCUUCGUUAACAACCGACAAAAACUUGGACGAGUAUGUGUUUCAAAUGGAAAAACCUACUCACAUGGAGAAUCCUGGCAUCCAUACCUCCGGUUCUAUGGAAUAGUGGAGUGUGUCUUAUGUACCUGCAACAUGACCAAACAAGAAUGUAAAGCAAUUAAUUGUCCCCAUCAGUAUCCCUGUGAACAGCCAAAGAAAAUUGAAGGGAGAUGCUGCAAAGUUUGUCCAGAAGAAAGUCAGCUCCCUGAAGACGAAGACUAUUUCUGCGGUGAGGAGACGUUUCCAGUCUAUGAAGCCAUUUUCAACACAGAGGGAGAAACCAUCCAAAAAAUAGCCUUCGAAAAAAAUGAAACUUCACAAGUGGAGAUCCACACGUGGACUAUUAACAGAGGUAUCCUGAGACACUUUAACACUGAGACAAUAUCCAAGGAGGAAUUCAGAGAACUGUCACACUUCAAGCAGAUCACAAGGACAACUCUGAGUCAGUGGAAAAUAUUCAGCGAGGGAGAAGCGCAGAUCAACCAAAUGUGUGAAAAUCAAGAGUGCAGGACUGAACUGCGAGGACUGGUGAAGGUUUUGUACCUUGAGAAAUCCAAAGAGGACCACUGUUGAGGAGGCACUGGAAAAGGAAGAUGCAGGAAAACAGAUGGAUCUGCAGCGGGACUGCUGGUUUAUUUUGUUUGUCUUGAAGGUGCCCGAGGG